AAAAUUUGUGUUUGAGGUUAUAUGCAUGUUGACGUCAAUAAAGGGGGAGUUUGUUCACAGGCCACUACAAUAGAACUAAAAAUGUUUAUUAUAAAUUAAUUGCGGCCGUUUCCUGUCUCCCCGCAAACAAUACAAUGACCCCAGUAGUAAAUCCGUUCUGAGGCCGUUUAGAAAUAUGAGUGUCCUGAGGCAAGUUUCUACUAUAGGCUGGCAUAGAAUCAUUGUCGCGUUUCUCGCCUUAUGGCUCGUUGUAGUUUUACUAUUGGCGGCCUAUCCUGGCCUUAAUUCGGCUAGUAGUUUAGAUCAGAGGUCUUCCGAGAGACUAUUACGAGCGGUAACAGAUUUGGAAAUUUUGAGGAAGCAAAACGAAGAAUUAAGAGAUAUUUUUAAGGAGAUUAGUCUCAAUAAUCUAAGCGAUGACCAAAAGGAAGCUAUAGAGAACUUUCAGAGACGUCUCACAAAGGCAGACCACAAAAAAUCACUACAGAUAACAUCCAAAGAAGAACCCAACCUCGAAUAUGAAUUGCUCAGACGUAGAAUUUAUUCAAACACAAAAGAGUUUUGGAAUUUCAUUAAAUCAAGUCUUAAAAGUACCAAUGAAAAAACCAUUGACUUUGAACAAAUUAUGACUCUAGGCGGGGAGCAUUAUAGGUCCCUAAUAAACGACAUAAAUCAGCUGUCGCUGGUCGACGGCUAUGAAGACUGGCGCCACAAAGAGUCCCAAGAGUUAAGUGAUUUGGUCCAAAAACGUUUCGAGUUUUUACAAAACCCCCAAGACUGCUCCAAUGCCAGAAAACUAGUCUGCAGCCUUAACAAGGGCUGCGGUUAUGGCUGUCAACUACAUCACACUGUCUACUGCUUCAUGGUCGCCUAUGGUACCCAAAGAACCUUGAUUUUAAAAUCCAAAGGUUGGCGGUACCACAAAAGCGGCUGGGAGGAGAUUUUUUUGCCUCUGAGCGAUACUUGUACCAGUCCUACAGGAGAGAGCGUCUCCAAUUGGCCAGGACGCGCUGAGACUCAAGUUGUCAAUUUGCCUAUUAUUGACAGUUUGAGUCCUAGGCCUCCGUUUCUGCCUUUGGCCAUACCUGAAGAUUUGGCUCCUAGGUUGACACGUCUACACGGUGACCCAAUCGUAUGGUGGGUAGGCCAAAUCCUAAAAUACCUACUACGACCUCAAGAGAAAACCUCCAACUUAAUCCAGCAGGCCAUGGACAAGUUGGGCUACAAACGACCGAUAGUGGGCGUGCACGUGCGCAGAACCGACAAAGUAGGCACCGAGGCCGCUUUUCACCGUCUAGAAGAAUACAUGAUGGAAGUGGACGAGUACUACGCGCAGUUGGCCUUGAAACAGCCAAACGACGUCAUCGUUAAACGCGUCUACUUGGCCUCAGACGAUCCCAAAGUUUUGCUGGAAGCCAAAUCAAAAUACCCCGAGUACGACAUCGUGUGCGAUCCGCAAGUAUCGAAAAUGGCCGCCGUAUCGACUCGGUACUCUGACACUUCCUUAUUCGGCAUCAUUUAUGACAUUCACAUGUUGGCGAUGAGCGAUUUUUUGGUUUGCACGUUUUCGUCGCAAGUCUGUCGAAUCGCCUACGAAAUCAUGCAAAACCAGUAUCCUGACGCUUCAGCCCGGUAUAAAUCGUUGGACGACAUCUACUACUACGGCGGCCAAAAUCCGCACAACGUUAUCGCGGUGUUGCCGCACGAACCAAAAAAAAUUGGCGAAAUGAACGUCGUACCUGGCGAUUUGAUCGGUGUCGCAGGUAAUCACUGGGACGGUUUCAGUAAAGGUCGCAAUUUGCGUACCAACCAAAUAGGUCUGUACCCCACGUUCAAGGUCAAAGACAAGAUCGAAGUUGCCAAAUUUCCCACUUACCAGGAAAUGACGCACAAAAAAACUGAUUGAGGGAGCACAAAAAUGAUUCCGAGGAAAAUAAAUCUUUAUUCUACAAUAGCUUGUCAAAAUUUGACAUUUUCAACCAUGACAUUGACAACAAUGAUAUUAUUUUUUGACUAGUUAUUGUACAGGGUGGUUACAUUUUAGAUUGUACUAGGAAAUGUGAUAUUUUUGGUGUGAGGUGGCGUUGAUUCUCAAUUUAUUUAAGGACUAAAGUGCAUUUUUGUUCGUAUAUAUUUUAUUAGGCACGCCACUGAUUUAUUGUAUAUACAUUUUAUUAUUGUUUAUUAUUUAAAAUAAAAUAUUAUUUAAAUAAAUGAAUUUUUGGCAGUUU